AUGGUUAGGAAGUUGAAGCACCAUGAGCAGAAACUGCUGAAAAAGGUCGACUUCUUCGAUUGGAAGCAAGACCAAGGCCACCGGGACACGCAGGUGAUGAGAACGUACCACAUCCAGAAUAGAGAGGAUUACCACAAAUAUAACAAGAUAUGCGGUGAUAUACGGCGGCUGGCUCACAAGCUGUCGUUGCUGCCGCCUGCGGAUCCGUUCCGGCUGAAGCACGAGCAAUUGCUGCUGGAGAAGCUGUAUGCGAUGGGAAUACUGGCGACGAAGUCAAAGAUCUCAGACUUGGAGAAUAGAGUCACCGUGAGCGCUCUUUGCAGAAGGAGGCUCCCCGUGGUUAUGCACAGGUUGAAGAUGGCGGAGACGAUAAAAGACGCCGUGAAGUUCAUCGAGCAGGGACACGUCCGUGUUGGGCCCAACUUGAUAAGCGAUCCGGCUUAUCUGGUGACCAGAAACAUGGAGGACUAUGUUACUUGGACGGAUAACUCGAAGAUUCGGAAGACAGUGCUGAAAUACAGAAACCAGAUCGAUGAUUUCGAUUUCUCUUAG